AUGGCUACACAAAAAUCAAUCACAUCUUUCUUUAGAAAAAAACGCGAAAUAUCGGAUGUAGAUGAAAACGAAGAUGUUAAGGAGCCUGCAGCUACAACACCGAAGCGUAUUAAAACAGCAUCGAAUACACCGGUAGCAUCUCCUUUUCGAAUUUCUCAACCGAAUUCACCAAUUGUACCAAAAACCGACGAAGAGAAACGUUUAGCCGAACGUGUUGAACACAAUCGAGUCGUGGCAAAAAUGAAACUUGAAGCUAAAACAACACGUGGACUUGUUGUUAAUAUGGGUGUAUCGUGGUAUAAAGCAUUCGAAAAAGAAUUUUCUAAAGAAUAUUUUCAAAAGUUAGCAAAUUUUAUUGCCGAUGAACGAGAAAAAGGUGUUACUAUUUAUCCACCACCAAAUCAUGUUUUUACAUUUACACGUAUGUGUGAAUUGAACGAAGUUAAAGUUGUUAUUCUUGGACAAGAUCCAUAUCAUGGACCCAAUCAAGCACAUGGCCUAUGUUUUUCAGUACGAAAAAAUGUUCCACCACCGCCAAGUCUUCAAAACAUGUAUAAAGAACUAAAAGCUGAUAUACCAGGUUUUGUUAUGCCUACUCACGGAACUUUGUUGGGUUGGGCUAAGCAGGGCGUUCUAUUACUCAAUGCUUGUUUAACUGUUGAAAAAAGUAAAGCAAAUUCACAUAAAGGAAAAGGCUGGGAAAAGUUUACGGAUGCUGUUGUUCAAUAUCUCAAUGAUCGUUCAGCUAAUAUUGUAUUCUUACUUUGGGGUAGAGAUGCUCAAAAUAAAGGAGCUCGAAUUAAUAAACAACGUCACCAUGUUCUAGCAACUGCUCAUCCAUCGCCAUUAUCGGCUUAUAAUGGAUUUAUGGGUUGUAAGCAUUUUUCGAAAGCUAAUGCUUAUCUUAAAGCUGCUGGUCUUCCUGAAAUUGAUUGGUCCAAUUUACCAUCCGAGGAUGAAUUUCCACUGGAUUAA